GGCGCCUGCGCAGACCCUGAAAAGCGGCUGGGGCGGCCCCGCAUUUUCCUUUUCCGGUUGCAGCGCCGCGCGGUGAAGAGCUCUUCCCUACCGCCGCAGCCAUGCCGUCCAAGGGUCCUCUGCAGUCCGUGCAGGUCUUCGGACGUAAGAAGACGGCCACCGCCGUGGCGCACUGCAAGCGGGGCAACGGCCUCAUCAAGGUGAACGGGCGGCCCCUGGAGAUGAUCGAGCCACGCACGCUGCAGUACAAGCUACUGGAACCUGUUCUGCUUCUGGGCAAGGAGCGAUUUGCUGGGGUGGACAUCCGUGUCCGAGUGAAGGGUGGUGGUCACGUGGCCCAGAUUUACGCCAUCCGCCAGUCCAUCUCCAAGGCGCUGGUGGCCUAUUACCAGAAAUAUGUGGACGAGGCCUCCAAGAAGGAGAUCAAAGACAUCCUUAUCCAGUACGACCGGACCCUGCUGGUGGCAGAUCCCCGGCGCUGCGAAUCCAAAAAGUUUGGCGGUCCUGGUGCCCGUGCUCGCUACCAGAAAUCCUACCGAUGAAAUUGUUGUGAGGAUGAGGGUUCAGCUUUAUAAUAAACCGCUGUCGUGGGACUUAAGGUUUCAAA